CAAAGCAUUUUCUACUCUUAUCUCCAUCAUUCUCACUCCACCCAAAUGACAUUAUAACAACAAACCGAACCCUUCUCACUAACAAAUCUCCAUUAAUGGCUUCUUCACUCAUUUUCUUCUCCCUCCUAAUUCUCUCUCCUCUUCUUCUACACCAGCCCCACUUCUCCUCAGCCAACGUACACAGAACCAGCCAUCUCAAAUCUCAGCUCCUUCCCCAAAUCUCACUCUUCCAAGUCACCCCUCCAACUCAGUUCUUCGAAGUGACCAAACCCGUUGACUUGCCCAGUACCAGACCUUGCUCUCACUUGGUCCUCCGCCAUGAUUUUGGCUACACAUACGGGAAGCCUCCAGUUUUUGCUGACUAUACCCCACCUUCGAAUUGCCCAUCAAACGAUUUUGGAAAAAUUGUUCUUGAGUGGAAAGCUACUUGCAUAGGAAGGCAGUUCGAUCGGAUUUUUGGGGUAUGGCUUGGUGGGGUUGAGCUUCUAAGGAGCUGUACGGCUGAGCCAACGGCUUCUGGGAUUGUUUGGAGUGUUGAGAAGGACAUUACAAGGUAUUAUUCUCUGCUCAUGACCAAUCAAACGCUUGCUGUUUUUCUUGGAAAUGUUGUGGAUAGUACUUAUACUGGGGUUUAUCAUGUGAAUUUGACUAUACAUUUUUACCCUGUUGAAAAAAAAUCUGAUGAUGUUCAUGGUUCAAAGUUUGAGAAUUUAGUUUCUGGACACCAUACUUGGGCGGAUUUGAUCUUGCCCAUUUCGAGAAAUUUGCCUUUGAAUGAUGGCUUGUGGUUUGAUAUCAAGAAUUCUAUGGAGACUCAGUUGAAAGAGUUUAAAAUUCCUCAGAAUACAUAUAGGGCUGUGCUGGAAGUUUAUGUUUCAUUUCAUGAAAAUGAUGAAUUUUGGUAUUCAAAUCUUCCAAAUGAUUACAUUGCUGAAAAUGGUCUUAGUGAUACUCCUGGAAAUGGCCCUUUUAGGGAGAUUGUGGUUAGUCUUGAUGGUAUGGUUGUUGGUGCCAUAUGGCCUUUUACUGUGAUUUAUACUGGAGGCAUCAACCCUCUAUUGUGGAGACCAAUCUCUGGAAUUGGUUCAUUCAAUCUUCCUUCUUAUGAGAUUGAAAUUACUCCAUUUCUAGGUGAGAUUUUAGAUGGAAAGAUCCACACGAUCGGGUUCAAUGUUACAAAUGCCUUGAAUGUUUGGUUCGUAGAUGCGAAUUUGCAUCUUUGGUUGGACAAACAUAGCUCGAAAACUGAAGGGGAGCUUCUGAAACACAUUAGCUUGCCUCUUGUUCUUUCCCAAGUUUCAGAUUUUGAAGGUCUAGAUGGGACAUUCUUGACUACUGCUAGUAGAAAUGUAUUGUCCAUUGGCAAGGUUAAGUCCUCUUUUGGGACUAUUCUAACUCAUUCCAUUCAGAAUAUCUAUUACUCCAAUUCUAUUGUGAUGCAGAACGAUGGCAACACACAAAUAGUGAAUCAAACCAUUCAUUUCAAUGAUACAGUUCUUGUCAAGAUGCCAUUGGCUGAUGUUUACUCGAUCAAAUCAGAGAAAAAGUUCCCACUUUUCUUAUACUCUGGAUACCUUGAUCAAGGAAAUGGAGAUUAUGUGCUUAGUACAGAUUUUACUUUGGGUUUUGAAGAGAAGAAGUCUUCUAAAGUUGUUGGCUUUGAAUUAUCAAAAAGUCAUCUAAAUAAUCUGCAGAAUGGUGAGGGUAAAAUGAUCGUAGAGAACGGCUUGAUUGUUCAUGCAACUGGGAGUACACAACAAGUUUACAACUAUGAAGAUGGAAAUGUCUGUUACUUCAGAAAUGUAAGCAGCUUAAACUACAAGAUAGUUUACGAUGAAGUGAGGAAGAAGUGCAGCAAAUUAGAACAAAUGCCUUUGGAUUUUGGCUCAAGUGAUAGUGUCUUUUUCAAGUCAAAGAGCUUUUCCAGUAUCUGAUCUGCCCAGAGAAAUUUCAGGUUUUCUGGGCACUUCAACUUCAAAUGUUGAGACAAAAAGAGAAGAUAACUCUUUUGUGCUGUCAUUUGGAGUACUUGUACAUGUGAAUAAAAUACACCAAAUUUUAUGUGUUUUUGUAUGUAAAUAAUAUGUUAUGGGAUUUGAGUUUA